AUGAACACAUUGUCCUUGUUCCCCACGCCCCCACCAAACACCCCCGCACUCCAGGCAGUGUGCAGACCGUGCCUUAGGGCCCCGUGGAGGAUGAACCAUGUCCCUACGUUGGACUACGAGUUGCUGCUGUCCCCAGCCAGCUCAUCCCUGGGGGGCAGCUCUGGAGGCAGCAGCAGUCCACCUGUGGCCCUGCUGGGGGCAGACAACGAGCAGCGCACGGCCUUUGCGUUCGUGGGCCUUCUCAUGCUGUUCCUCAUUUUCCUGCUGGUCAGGUGCUUCAGGAUCCUGCUGGACCCCUACAGCCGAAUGCCUGCAUCGUCCUGGACUGACCACAAGGAGGGGAUAGAGAGGGGGCAGUUUGAUUAUGCACUUGUCUAA